AGCUGUUACCUAGUUACAAGCAAGAGACGGAGCGACUGUUAUAAUGUUGCGGUGACUCUCGGUGCAUCAGUCGGUCCGAGAACAGACGGAGAGGAGAAAACUCACCGACAAAGCCACCGGAGAACCGGAGCGGACAGUUUGACGGCUGAGGAUGAAGAUUAAACACGUCCUGACAGGGAAUAAACCAGCUGCAGCUGCUCGCCUCGUGUUGUUUCAUCAGUAAAUUCUAAAUCAAAGGAGGAGACCGUGCUGUGUGAAGAUCACAUAUUGAAAAGUCUCCGCACAAAGAACAUAUGGGCGGAAGCUGAGACAACAGAAGGACAAAGCGACAGAAAGAGCACAUCCAUGGGUGUUGUUUCGCUACCCGAGCUGGAGAUGAUGGAUGAGACAUGGGAAAACAGCAGCUUUGCCAGCCCCUCGCCUGGAUUCCCCCUGUUACUACUCAUAUUCAACAACAGUGAUCUGAAUGAGACAUUCUUGAAUGACACCAACCCAAAAAACUCCACUGAACAAGGUGUCCCCUCAGGUCUCAGUGUGGCAGGGGUCCUCAUACCACUCCUAUACAUAAUCGUGUGUAUCAUCGGCCUGGGUGGGAACACUUUAGUGAUUCACAUUGUGCUGCACUACUCAAAGAUUGAAUCAGUGACCAACAUCUACAUUCUCAACUUAGCCAUUGCUGAUGAGCUCUUCAUGCUCAGUUUGCCUUUCCUGGCAGUUCAGAACACCCUCCAUUCAUGGCCGUUUGGCUCCUUCAUGUGCCGUCUUGUGAUGACUGUCGACUCCAUCAAUCAGUUUACCAGCAUCUUCUGCCUGACUGUGAUGAGCAUUGAUCGCUACCUUGCUGUGGUCCACCCCAUUCGAUCCUCAAAGUGGCGGCGCCCCCAGGUGGCCAAAAUGGUGAAUGGCACUGUCUGGGCUGUGUCAUUUCUUGUCGUUCUGCCUGUGGUGAUCUUUUCCAAAAUCCAGAGGUCAGGAGGUACCUGUAACAUUGCCUGGCCACAGCCGGCUAACAUCUGGUCAGCAGCUUUUAUUAUUUACACCUCUACAGUUGGAUUCUUCUGCCCUCUGCUUAUAAUCUGCCUCUGCUACUUGCUCAUUGUCUUCAAGAUACGCAGCUCCGGCAAAAAAGUCCAUGCCACCUCCACCAAGCGCAGGAAGUCAGAGAGAAAAGUGACGCGCAUGGUUGUGAUUGUUGUUGCUGUGUUUGUCUUCUGCUGGCUGCCCUUCUACGCCCUCAAUAUCAUCAAUCUGCUGGUGUUGCUGCCCCCAGAGUAUCAGAGUCUUUACUAUUUUUUCGUAGUGCUUGGCUAUGCCAACAGCUGCGCCAACCCUAUCGUUUAUGGCUUCCUGUCAGACAACUUUAAGAGGGGUUUCCGGAAAGCCCUAUGCCGAUCUACAAGGAAGGUGGAGAACCAUGAGCCCAUGGAGCGCCAGCAGCAGCAGGAGGAGGGCAGGGUGGCGCUCAUGCCCAGGGAGAGCCUGAGACGGGCAAUCAGGGAUGAGGAGGACGAUGAUGAGGAAGACCUCUCAGAAAUGACUGAGAUCUAUAGAAUUGCCCAAAAUGGCAACAGCAGCUUCCAGCCGCAGAGUUCACAGCCACUGUUGUCAGAGAAAGGAGCAACUACAGCAGCGACAGAGCUGUCCUCCCCGGACAGGAAGGACAAAUCUGGGGAAAUGAAGGGGAAAGAUCCAAUCAACGGGUCCACACUGACUGUACCAUUACUUCUCAAUGGAACCAAAAAUGGGAGCAUUAAAACUCUGCCAGAGGAAAACUUGGACCAGAGCACCUCCCUGGAGAUUAGUUACUUAUAGUGUAAAAUAUGGAGAGAGUGUUACCUGAAGUGAACUUAGUAUUACAACACAUUACAAUGCUGAGCAGUUUGUAAUGGAACAAAAAGCCUAUUAAAAGAUACAUAAUUAAGACUUAAAAAAAAAAAAAAACUCAAAUGGGCUUUGGAGAAUUGCUUUUUUAAAUCAAUGGACUCAAAGUUUCUUAAACACUUAAAGGAGUUGAUAAAGUUUUAUGAACGUACAGAAUGUAUUCCUGUUUAUAUCAUGUACAUAUGCAUGAAUAUGAAUGUAAGAAGUUGUGCCUUUAAUUACCUUUAUCAUGUGUAUCUUGUUGAUCGUUGUAUUUGCAGCCUUUUUAUUCCAUAAUGUGACAAUCGUGUGCUCAAAUUUUACUGUAUUUAUUAAAUCAGCAUUUACUGCAACCGUCUACACAUUAGCUGAACAAUGAUGACAUGGCUAUACUUUAUUUUAGCUUCCAAUCCCAUAACUGCAAACCCAUCUAUUAAUUGUGUUUAUAUAUGUAGCACAGUUAUAUACUUAGUUAUAUUAUAAGGGAGAUGUAAUUGCCAGGAUUAUAUUUGCAGGUUUUAGGGAGGUGGUCAGGGUGCAUGGUGGGUGUACACAGCAUUUGUGAAAUAUCAUAGUUUCAGUUAAAUCUUCAUGAAAAUUUUGUCUCAUGCUUAAUGUCUCUCUUGAGUUUUGAACCAAGACCACAGUCUUUUCAACAUCUACCAAUUCAUGCCAGCACCUGAACAUAACUGUAAAAUAUAGCCUAUAUAUAUUGUCGUUUCUACAAGUGGAUAUUUUAAGAAAACAAAUGUUAUGUUUUUGCAAAUUUAAAGAUACGUUCAAUAACAGAGGGCCUCAUGCAAGAACGUUUUCACUAUCUUACUACUUUCACCAUCUACGUAAUGUCUUACUUUUUCCUUAAGGUUUGCUCAUAUGAUGGUUCCAAACCACCAGACUCACUUUACUGGACAAACUUGUUGUAAUUUGCUUGUCUCAGGUUGAUGAAUGAGAUUUCAUUAAUGUAACUAACACCCCUAAAAUUGUCACAUACGGUGACCCAUUCUGCUCGGUUUGUGGGUCACAGAAAUGUUACUGAAGAGUAUAAACAAUAUUUUUACACAGCUGAGCUUUCAGAAAUCAGCAAACAAAUUUAGCCGUGACAGUAUAGUCAUUUAAUAUUCAGCUGCAGAUGAGUCACAGAUAUUAGCAGAGUAGUACUACAGAAGGUGAUGUGACACUGGACAGAAAUCUGCAUAAAGAGGCGGCUGAUGGAAUGAGAGUAAAUAACUGGCAUGCAAAAUAUGUCAGUAAAAUUAUUAUAAAUACCUCUCAGUAAAUUGACAAACCAUGAUGAUGAUUAUAUGGAGUGUGAACAGAAUAAUAAUUUUCUGUUUAGUCUGACUAUUCAUCAUAUUGUAAUAUAUUCUAUUUUAAUUUCUGUUUUUAAUGUAAACUCCACAUUCAUUGGGAUUCAUGAUUUCCAAUCAAAUUAGCGUUGCUGUUUUUUGUUUUUUUUUGUUAGUUUGUUUGUUUUGGAGGGGGUUUUUUUUGUCCUGUGGAUGAAGGCAGACUAUUUUUACAGGACUCGUACAACAGGUUUGGACCACUCAUGAGUUUCAUUCAAAAUUCUACAUACCAGAAAAUCUGUGAAUGCUACACUCAUAUGUGCCUCUAAAAGUGAAUCUGUUUGUACAAGUUGUUCUUGCAUGAGACCAAAUGUUUCCUCAUUAUGUUGAUAAAAACCUUGUUUUCUUCAAAACGUGCCUCCUGUUGGAGAUUAGUAAUAUAUUAACAUAAUUUAUAAAUAUUAGCUUGAAUGUAUUGUGUAUGGCUUAUAUUCAGGCCCUGACCUUUGGGUUCUCUAAGCUAUGUUGUAGCAGAAAUUGUGAUUUUGGUGAAGGAUUUACUGUCUCUUACAUUAUUGUUGGAAGGAAAAAUGCACUUUUUCCUGAAAACAUAAAGUUGUGUGUGAUAACUUUGCACUCAUAACUGAUUGAUCUCGCUGCUUGUUGUUGUUCGGUGCAGCCUGCUGCUCACAGAUCAAGACGGACUGGGAAACACAAAAGAUGGUAACAAUAUUGCUUUGAUCAUUUCUGUUGGUUAUAAACAUAAACAAUAUAUAAUAUCCUGCAUUAUUUUACAGAGAUUAAAACCAGAUGUUCUGAAGAGUGUUAAAGGAACAGUUCACUACAAAAUCAAAAAUACAUAUUUUUCCUCUUACCUGUAGUGCUGUUUAUCAGUCUACAUUGUUUUACAUCUAAAAACUCAACAGCAGUGUCUCUUUCAGUAAAUCAUGACCUGGUUAAUUAAGAUAAUCCACAGACCUUGUUGUGAGCACUUUCAUGUAGGAAGUAUUUUCUUUCUACCAAACUACACCCACCAACUGUAUCACUGCACAGAAGGGAGCAUGUAUCUACUGCUAGCUCACUUAGCACCACUGAUCUAGCUAACGUUACAUCUCAGCUGAGGAGGACGGCAUUAAUGUUUUACACUGUCAUGAGCACAAGCUUCUCAUCCAUGAGUGGGUACGUGCUUUCUUGUGCAGAUGUAGUUUGGUAGAAAGAAAAUAGUUCCUACUUGAAACUGCUCACGACAAGGUCUGGGAAUUAUCUUGAGUGACGGGGUCAUGAUUUCUGGAAAGAGACAUUGCUGUUGGGUGGCACGGUGGUGUGGUCAAUCAAUCAAUCAAUUUUAUUUAUAAAGCCCAAUAUCACAAAUCACAAUUUGCCUCACAGGGCUUUACAGCAUACGACAUCCCUCUGUCCUUAAGACCCUCACAGCGGAUAAGGAAAAACUCCCCAAAAAAACCCCUUUAACGGGGGAAAAAAAACGGUAGAAACCUCAGGAAGAGCAACUGAGGAGGGAUCCCUCUUCCAGGACGGACAGACGUGCAAUAGAUGUGGUUAGCACUCUCGCCUCACAGCAAGAGGGUUGAUCCGGUUCGAUCCCGGGUGUGGGAGCCCUUCUGUGCGGAGUUUGCAUGUUCUCCCCGUGUCAGCGUGGGUUCUCUCCGGGCACUCCGGCUUCCUCCCACAGUCCAAAGACAUACAGAUUGGGGACUAGGUUAAUUGAUAACUCUAAAUUGUCCGUAGGUGUGAAUGUGAGUGUGAAUGGUUGUCUGUCUCUAUGUGUCAGCCCUGCGAUAGUCUGUCCAGGGUGUACCCUGCCUCUCGCCCGAUGUCAGCUAGGAUAGGCUCCAGCCCCCCCGCGACCCUCAAGAGGAUGAAGCGGUUAGAAGAAGACAUUGCUGUUGAGUUAUUCAAAUGUAUUUUUUUUUUUGGCACUUUGAGCACCACAACCGAGUGCCAUCUAGUUCCAUUAUAUUCAAGAGAAGCAGACAUCUCUAUGACCAAUAUCUCCAACACUUGGCAAUUCACGCCAAAACAAUCUCAACUGAUAAAUAGCACUACAGAUAAAAGAAGGAAUAUGUGUUUUUGAUUUUGGGCACAACUGUCUCUUUAAGAUAAAUUAUUUGUUGGAGUUGUACAUUCUGUGCAACUGCUACAGCACUGCCAGUUAUUAAAAGUUAAUAAUUUACCUUUUGGUUAUCAGAAAAAUACUUUCAGGUUGUGUACUUAAUGUGGCUGAUAAACUAUUGCAGGAAUGGUGGUUAUUGCGUAAAACAAACUUGGGAUAUAAACUACAAAGUGUUCAUUCCACCAUACAGGCUGAAACUGACACAUAUUACUGAUGUGGUACCACCUAUGGUUACAUUAUUAUUUUUUAUCACACAUAUUCAAGGACUCAACAGAGGCUCCAGGCUACUUUAGCUGCUACUAACAUAACACACCUGAAUUUCUGACCCAGCUUUUGAGGGCUGAGUUGCAGUUUGGUAACGAGAGAAGAAUAAGUGGCACUCAGUUAAAAUAUCUCUGCUUCUGCUGCAUCAAUUUUGAUUUUUAAAUAGCUGUUCAUUAUAAGUCAAGCAAUGUUAAAAGAUUAAUUAAGAGCACUGAGAAUAAUACAUUUCUUUAUACUGCAUAUGCACAGCAGUAGUUCUCAAACUUAGUCCCUGUUUGAGGGACAGAUGAAAUCAUUUUCCCCCAUCUAAACUGAUUUAAUUUUGAUCAUAUCUUGCUUAUGAUCCAGCAUGUCUUGUGUCUCACUCAUACAUAUUUUGAUGUUUUUGCUCAACAAUUGCCUGUUUUUUCAGUUGACUGUCAGAAGUCUGUGCAUUUCAUUCUUUUUGUGUCAUUUUGUUGUCUGAAUAGCUUUUUGACCUGAAACGUGUUUCCCCAAAUUUGCAACAUGAGAUACUUCCUCCUGCUAAAUUUGACGUUUUAUUAAGUUGAAGGAACACAAAUAUACUUGCAACCAAUACAUCGUAGAGGACUCGCAAAUUAAUCAGUAAUUUGAGACGAAGUUAGACUUUGAGGUUUUCAGAUGUUUUAAUGCUAUCAUAUCUGACAGCCACUCAGAACUGAUAGAACCAGACAACUCUCAGUCUCUCAUAUUUCAACCCUUCCACCCUGCUGAGAGUUGACUGCUGUUAUAUGGCGUGGAUGCAGAUGGAUGUGACUUGGCCUUGUAGAGAUUUGGGCAAAGUUUCCUAGGGAAUAUCAAACUUUUUGCAUUUUUUUUUUUACACUAAACACUAUAAAAUGGGACCAGGAUCAAGAUUCAAUGUGAUAAAGUGACUGUACAUAUGGUUAACUAAGUGAAGAAAGUGGAUUCAGUGUUAAGCUCAUGUUUAACAUGAACAAUCGUGGAUCCCAUUGCAAGAUGGGCUCUAAUAAGUUUUAUUGAUCUUGGGGGAUAAAUUCACAAGCUACCCAGCAGUAUUGGAGUAAUUGGAAUUAGCUCCACCUUUGUCAGUGGCAAUAUUACAAUAUUACAAUAUUACAGUGAUGAAUACAUUAAUGCAUUAUAACAAUAAUUAUAAUCCAGGUACGUUAAACAGGCCCACAUUGUUUUGAAAUGAGCCAUUCUGUGC